AUGGCACUCGAAGCUGAGCUGUCUUGUCCUGUGUGCACUGAUCUCUUCAGUGAUCCGGUGUUAUUGAGCUGUGGACACAGUUUCUGCCGGCAGUGCAUUAAUGCUCACUGGACCUCCAGCAGCUCCAGAAACUGUCCCGUCUGUAGACAGGUGUCUCCGCAGGAACCGGUGUCCAACCUGAGCCUGAGGAACACCUGUGAGUCUUACCUGAGAGAGAAAAACAAGAAGGAGGAGAAGGACGGAGAACACGAGUGUCUGAUACAUGGAGAGAAAAUCGAGCUGUUCUGUCAAAAUGAUGAAGAGGCUAUAUGUGCAACAUGUAAGGAACAUGAGCACAGAUGGCACCAAACACAGCCUUUACACCAGGCUGUACGACAACGCAAGGGGAAGCUGAAAGCAGUUCUUCGUCCUACUGAGAAUAUGCUGUUGUCAUUACGGAACGGUGCAGCACAAGAUGCCAAGAUCUCUAAAUACAAUCAGUCUCAAGCUCAGCGGACAGAGAAAAGAAUCAGGGAGGAGUUUAAGAAACUCCAGCAGUUCCUCAAAAAGGAGGAGGAGAGCAGGAUAGCGGCUCUAAAUGAAGAAGAGAAAGAAAAGAGCGGUCAGAUGAAGAAGAAAAUGGACGUGCUCUCAGAUAGAGUCAGAGAAGUGGAGGAGCGAAUGAAGGACGAUGAUAUCACCUUCCUUCAGAAUUAUAACGGCAUUAUGAACAGAGCUAGAUACACACUUCCAGAUUCAGAAUUGAGUCUAGAAGCUCUUAUUGAUGUUUCUAAACAUAUGGGCAACUUGAAGUACCAAGUCUGGGAGAAGAUGAAGGACAUCUGCCCUUACUACCCUGUGAUCCUGAACCCAAACACAGCUUCAUCAGACGUCUCCAUGUCAAACGACCUGACCUCUGUGACCUCAUGUGUUAAUCGGCAGGACGAGCCCAACCCUAUUCCUCUGCACAGGAGCCGUAUGGUGCUGGGGAGCGCGGGAUAUGGUAGUGGCGUUCAUACGUGGGACAUUGAGGUGGGAAAAAGUCGCCACUGGAGCCUUGGAGUGUGCUUUGGAUCAGUGGACAGGUCUAUAGUGCAAAUUUUGAACCCAGCAAACCCCUGCUCCUGGGGUCUCAGGCGCAAUGGAGAUCUGUAUAGUUUCCUAAACACUCAGAUAAACUUUGGGAUGAUGGAACAUCCCCAGGUAGUGCGCAUAAAGCUAGAGGAUUGCUAUGACAAGAAGAGAGGAUGGUGGAGGAAUGUAAGCUAUUUUAAUGCUGAUUGUAAUUGCCUUUUAGCAACAACUUCUCAACUGCCGACAGGGAUGGAGCUCUUUCCAUUUGUGAUCCCAGAAAAGCGCUCCGGCCCGCUGCGUGUCGUCCCAGCUAAAGUUACUUUAAAAAUUGAGCAAGUUGAAGAGGAUAGAUCUUUCCUGGAGAGACACAGAGUAUUAAUGAUCCUGUCAGUAGUGUUAUUAUUUCUGGUGCUGUGUGCUUUUGCAUAUCGCCUGAUUUACUAA